GAUAUGUGGAAAUGGUAGGCAGUUAGACAGAAAAGACCUACAUAUGUCAUGAACAGCGACAACCAGCCGAAUGAAGACAUCUUUUAUCAACAAUGUGUGGCAAUUGUGUAAGGAAACUGGACCAGCCAAAGUACUGGGGCUGGAUCAUAGUCUUGGCAAAUUUUGUCUGUUUAUUCCUGAUAGUCGGAACGGUGCGUUCAAUGGGGAUCUUCUAUGACGAGUGGCUGGAAUAUUUUCACGAUGCAAGCUCGGUCACCUCAUCCGUUGGGACUAUGAUAGGGGCAAUGACCUGCCUUGCUGGUCCGAUAGCCAAUACUUUGGCCACACGCUUUGGGACGAGGCCUGUUGUCAUCUCCGGUGGUGUCAUAUCUUCCGUAGGUUUUUUCUCAACCGCGUUUGUCCCUGAUAUCUACGUGCUGUUUGUGACGUAUGGAUUCAUGACCGGUUUCGGGUUUGCCCUGGCCUACAUCCCGAUGCUGACUGUCACGUUAGAUUACUUCAAGGAGAGACCAAGUCUUGUCAUUGGUUUAGCAUCAACGGGAGUCGGCAUUGGUGGAAUGGUACUACCAAUUAUCCUCGAAUACCUAACGGAGGCUUAUAGUUGGCGAGGCACCGCUAUCGUAAUGAGUGCUGCAAUGUUGAAUAUUUGUGUUUGUGGCGCGGUGGUCAGACCAUUGCAGGAGGCUGAGGAGCACAGGCCAAACGCACCCAUCAAGGCGCAUGGGAAUGCUGCCUCUGGUGUAGUUUGUUCAGACAACACGAACAUGUCUGGCGGGGUCAUCAACAUGACUGUUCCUGAAACACCACCCCAAGGUUAUCAUGAUAAUACAGAAAGGGUGAUCCUUUCACCUGAUUGCAAGAGUUUAGAGGCAGCAAAAGGAUCGCAUGCCGAAAUUAUUAGCAAGUACAAUCCUCGUAGUUCAUCAUGUGGUAAAGCAGAUGACGUACAAGUCGGGGACCAGCCUGAUUCCGAAGCCCCACAUACUGCGAUAGGUAAAAAUAAGAACAAAACCCUAAAAAGAUCCUUUAAACAUCUAUUUACAAAUGUGUCAUUCAUUUUGAUAAACAUCGACAUAAUUUUUUUCAGCGCUGCGCUCUUUACUAUAUUUGCCCAUUUGAAAUCUGCAGUUAUCGCUGUCGGCGGUGUCAGCGUCCACGAAGGGACGUACGCCCUCACCGUCUUGAAUGCCGGAAGUCUUGUGGGGGCCCUCGUUACUGGAUUUAUGCUUUACAGGUUUCCUAAGAUUGACGCCCUUUUUGUGAUAAUUGUUGAAACGACAGUUUGUGGGGCUUCAAUGAUACUCAUACCUUUUGUAUCAUCGGCGUACAGCUACGUAUUGGCUGUGUGUUUUGUGGCCGGCUUUACUCUCAAUCCGUAUGACUAUCUCUUGCAGUUAGUUUAUAAGGAUAUGGUAGGUAUCGCAGAUGUGACUCUUGCCUUUGGUAUAACUUAUGCCUCUUAUGGAAUUGGUGGUUUAGCCGGAUCUGCCCUUGCCGGAUUUGUGUACGAUAUGACCGGAGACUACGCCAAUUCAUUAUACAUUGCCGGAGCGUUUUACUUCGUUAGCAAUAUUCUGAUCAUACGACCUUGUAUUUCGAAUAUUAGUAGGGGAAAAUGUUUUGUAGCAAAACAGGCUCGAGCUACUCGCAGUGGUGAUGUCAUCGGUAAAGAAGACCUUGAUGUGUUUAAGUCCAAAAGUAGACAAUUUGAUGCUCAAAACACCAACAGCAAAAAAGACAUUGAUGCGUCCAGCGCCAACAACGAACAAGACACUGAUGCGUCUAUUGCGAACAGCAAACAUGAUUUUGAUGCGUCUAAUUCCAACAGCAAACAUGACUCUGAUGCGUCUAAUGCCAAUAGCAAGCAUAACUUUGAUGUGACAAAUGCCAAGAGCGAACUGUACUUGGAAACGGGAUGUGAACAUGACAUCACGGGAGGUCGCGAUAACCCCUCGUUUCUUGAUAUCAACGACGAGAGCACCGUCCCCCAGCACUCUUCUCCUUCUGCUGUCGAACAAAUCACUAUUGCUACACACUUUUAGCGAGGCUGCACGCUGUAGAAACCAAGUUGAAGCUUUAAUAUCCUUAUCCCCUAAGGUAAAUAUUGUUCUCUGUGAGCAAUCAAAACCACCACUAAAGCUUCUCUCUUUACAUACUGUAAAGCCGCCAAAAUUGAUUCGGGCGUUUUGUUUUAUAAUUAUAUUAGUAGAUUUGGUGAAUAACCAAAAUUCACGAGAAAAAAAUUUAGAAAAUUUUUUGGAAUUGAAAAACAGAAUGAAAUUUUGUAAUUGGGCAAAUUGAAAAUGUCAAAUUUCGUAUUCGCAGAAAUAAAGAGGGGUGACUAUUUUGCAGUUUGUAGUAACACAAAAAUACAACACGUAUUUAAACCGUAGUGUAAUCAACGUCCGUGGCUGCUGCCUCUCAAUAUUCCCCAGAUUGGAGGGCCCAGAAUUACCUGGAAGGAAACCAAGGAAGGAAGGAAGGAAACCAAGAGAAAACGCUUCUUUAAGACAGGACAUCUAUAUAUGACUACUUAGCAGAAACGACGCGAAAACCAUAUUUCAUACGAACAGGCCAGGCUCAACGUGGACACCUGAGAUGGAUAUAAUAGGAGUGGGAAUGGUGCGUUCAAUGUAAUCCCUGCACCCUCUAGCUGGUCAGGGGUUCGACACUUUAAUCAAAACACUUCAAAACUUCUAAUGUGUACCGGGAUAGACAUUUUUCAACUUGUUUUCGUGGUACAUACAUUCAUCAAAACUUCAACACCCGAGGUUGGUUGCGCUCACUGGUAAGACAUCCGACUAUUUUUUACCAUUGACAUGAUGGGGAAACAGGUGUAUGUCAGGAAAUCUGAAGGAUUAAAUUCGAACUUAAAGAGCCAAACAAUUAAUGCAUAACCAUUAAAUUUGGCCGCCAAUGCAUUAUGUGAGUCCUCCUUUAUCUAAACACUCAGACGACUGUACUUUCUGAAUUGCGAUGUAAGGAUUUGUUAAAUGUACAUGUACUUUGUCUGUAGCACUGGUUCAACUCAUGCAACAUACUUUCGGAUUCAUAUUUUGCAAAUAGAUUUGAUUAUGGUGUACAAUUCAAGAAGUUUAAUAUAAAAACAGCUGUUUUACCAAUGGUAUUCACCAUACAUGUAGGUAUUAGUCUGUAUUAUGCAUAUAAAGUACUGUAAAUUAUAUACAUGGAGUUCCGUACUUGAA